AUGGGGUUUGUUGAUGACUUACUCCUAUUCUGCCGGGCCAAUACUGCAUCUGUUCGGGUCUUCAAAUCCGGAUUAGAUAGAUUUGCUGAUUGGUCGGGGUUACGCCUCAAUGUUGAAAAAAGCCACAUCAUCAUAUCCCGAUCAGCCCAGAAUAUACGAGAGGAGCUACUUGCGGUGUUGGGGUUUCAGGAAGGCCACUUACCGAUGAGGUAUCUGGGUCUAUCAUUGAUCUCUUCUCGAUUAUCUAUCGCCGACUGCCAACCAUUACUGAGUAAGAUCGAUACACGGAUCAAUGGUUGGGAGGGAUUGGCACUAUCAUAUGCCGGCAGGGUACAAAUCAUUAAGUCUGUUCUUAUGGCUAUGGGUGUCUAUUGGGCUUCAGCUUAUAUUUUGCCAAAAGGUGUCAUUAAAAACAUUGAGAAGCGAUUGCGAGCCUUCUUAUGGAGAGUCAUCCGAUGUGAUAGGACUUCUAUUUGGGUCGAGUGGCUGCGGCAUGGCAGACUUCGAGAUGAUUCGAUAUGGACUAUCCCGGAGAAUCGUGGACCAUGGGGAUGGAGAAAAAUGUUGAGGUUGAGAGACUGGUUACGCUCAGUGGUGGAAUAUCGCAUUGGCGAUGGAAGUGAUUUUUUCUUAUGGAAGGAUCCCUGGCAUCACCUUGGGCCCCUCCUUGACAGAUUUCCGCGGGGACCCAACAGUCUGGGAUUGCAUGAGUCUACCAUGCUAAGCUCGGUUAUCUGUGAGGGUCAUUGGCACUGGCCAUUGAUCACGGACAUGGAAUGCGUGGAGAUUACACACGUGCUGCCUCGCAUCCAUGGGGGUACAGAUUGUAUUAUAUGGAAAAGGCUCGAGUGGGAAACCCACUACCCAGGAGUUCUAUCGGGCUAUGAUACCAGCAGGACCGAAAGUAGGUUGGAUUUCACUACUUUCGGGUUCUUUAAAGAUCCCGCGACAUUUGUUUAUCCUUUGGCUAGCUAUCCUGGAGAAGCUCGCAACGACGGAUAA